CGCCGGCAGCCAGGCAGGACGGGGGCGGCCGCCGCGGGCCCGGGGCGGGGACAGCACGCAGCCUCGCGCCGCGCACCCCCGCCCGGCAGCGGCCGCGACACCCGGGGCGAGCGGGAAAGCGGCGGCGGCGGCGGGGCAAGGAUGCAGGGCAAGAAGCCGGGCGGCUCGUCGGGCGGCGGCCGGAGCGGCGAGCUGCAGGGGGACGAGGCGCAGAGGAACAAGAAGAAGAAAAAGAAGGUGUCCUGCUUUUCCAGCAUCAAGAUCUUCCUGGUGUCCGAGUGCGCCUUGAUGCUGGCGCAGGGCACGGUGGGCGCCUACCUGGUCAGCGUCCUGACCACCCUGGAGCGCAGGUUCAACUUGCAGAGCGCGGACGUGGGCGUGAUCGCCAGCAGCUUCGAGAUCGGGAACCUGGCGCUCAUCCUCUUUGUGAGCUACUUCGGGGCGCGCGGGCACCGGCCUCGGCUCAUCGGCUGCGGAGGCAUCGUGAUGGCGCUGGGCGCGCUGCUGUCCGCGCUGCCCGAGUUCCUCACGCACCAGUACAAGUACGAGGCGGGCGAGAUCCGCUGGGGCGCGGAGGGCCGCGACGUCUGUGCCGCCAACGGCUCCAGUGGCGACGAGGGGCCAGACCCUGACCUCAUCUGCCGCAACCGAACGGCCACCAACAUGAUGUACUUGCUGCUCAUUGGGGCCCAGGUCCUCCUGGGCAUCGGUGCUACCCCUGUGCAACCCUUGGGGGUCUCCUACAUCGACGACCACGUGCGGAGGAAGGACUCCUCGCUCUACAUAGGAAUCCUGUUCACGAUGUUGGUAUUUGGACCAGCCUGUGGAUUUAUUCUGGGUUCUUUCUGUACCAAAAUCUAUGUGGAUGCAGUCUUCAUUGACACAAGUAACCUGGACAUCACUCCGGACGACCCCCGCUGGAUCGGAGCCUGGUGGGGCGGCUUUCUGCUCUGCGGUGCCUUACUCUUCUUCUCUUCCCUCUUGAUGUUCGGCUUCCCACAGUCCCUGCCUCCACACACAGACCCCGCCAUGGAGAGCGAGCAGGCCAUGCUCCCCGAAAGAGAAUAUGAGAGGCCCAAGCCCAGCAAUGGGGUCCUGCGGCAUCCCCUGGAGCCAGACAGCAGUGCCUCCUGCUUCCAGCAGCUGAGAGUGAUCCCGAAGGUCACCAAGCACCUGCUCUCCAACCCCGUGUUCACCUGCAUCAUUCUGGCUGCCUGCAUGGAGAUUGCAGUGGUAGCUGGCUUUGCCGCCUUCCUAGGAAAGUACCUGGAGCAGCAGUUCAACCUCACCACCUCGUCUGCCAAUCAGCUGCUUGGGAUGACAGCCAUCCCGUGCGCCUGCCUGGGCAUCUUCCUGGGUGGCCUCCUGGUAAAGAAGCUCAGCCUGUCUGCCCUGGGGGCCAUCCGAAUGGCCAUGCUCGUCAACUUGGUGUCUACGGCUUGCUAUGUCUCCUUCCUUUUCCUGGGCUGUGAUAAUGGCCCUGUGGCUGGCGUUACUGUUCCCUAUGGAAACAGCUCAGUGCGUGGCUUGGCCCUGAACCCCAACUCAUCCUGCAAUAAGAACUGCAAAUGCCAAACCGAUUCCUUCACUCCGGUGUGUGGGGCAGACGGUGUCACCUACUUGUCAGCCUGUUUUGCAGGCUGCAACAGCACGAAUCUCACAGGCUGUGCGUGCCUCACCACUGUCCCCCCUGAGAAUGCCACCGUGGUUCCUGGAAAAUGCCCCAGUCCUGGGUGCCAAGAGGCCUUCCUCACCUUCCUAUGUGUGAUGUGUGUCUGCAGCAUGAUUGGUGCCAUGGCCCAGACCCCCUCCGUCAUCAUCCUCAUCAGAACAGUCAGCCCUGAACUGAAGUCUUACGCCUUAGGAGUUCUUUUUCUCCUUCUUCGUUUGUUGGGCUUCAUCCCCCCACCCCUCAUCUUCGGGGCCGGCAUCGACUCCACCUGUCUCUUCUGGAGCACUUUCUGUGGGGAGCAGGGCGCCUGCGCCCUCUACGACAACGUGGUCUACAGAUACCUGUAUGUCAGCAUUGCCAUCACGCUCAAGUCCUUCGCCUUCCUUCUCUACACCACCACGUGGCAGUGCCUGAGGAAGAACUAUAAACGCUACAUCAAAAACCACGAGGGCGGGCUGAGCACCAGUGAGUUCUUUGCCUCUACUUUGACCCUAGACAAUCUGGGGAGGGACCCUGUGCCCGCACACCAGACACAUAGGACAAAAUUUAUCUACAACCUGGAAGACCAUGAGUGGUGUGAAAACAUGGAAUCCGUUUUAUAGUGACGCAAGGAGGGCUGAACUCUGCAUUAGUAAUCCAAGGGUCAUUUUCUUAAAAAAAGAAAAGGAAAAAAAAAAGGUUUCCUAAAAAUACUCAACAUACUGACACACAUGCGCGUGCGCACGCACACACAACUUUUGUCCUUUCGCUCAAAAUCCGAGCCAGACACGAUUCAGAAUAAGGAAAGAACAGGAUCAUCCCGGAGGGCGUUCGCACUGCUGGGGCUCACAGUUGGCUUUGAAGGCACCUCGUGGGAUGCCGACAGCUGCAAGCAACAGGCACUGCCAAAUUCAGGGCACAGUGAUGGCCAGCUUGGAGGAUGGACAUUUCUGGAUAUACACACAUACAAAACAGAAACACUGCAAGAAACAAAAGUCUACUAAAAACACCUAAGAUCCAACUGAAAACAUUGCCAGAUUCAGACACAUCCCAUGCCACCCCCUCUACGUGUGGGCGGGGAGGCACAUAAGGCAGAGGGGCAGAUGCUCUACUCCUCUAAGUUGUGCAAUAUGGGUCACUGUGCAGACGGCUCACCCAGCCUGCAUGUGGUACAAGGCCCUAGAGUUCUCUUGGCAAUGCUAACGGGUGAUCCUAGCUGGAGUCUGUAAUUGGUAUCUGUCACCAGCGCCAUUUCCAUGUUCAAGACUGGAGGCCCAAGGGGGAGAAGGGUGGGGGGCCAGCAACUUUCCCCUUCCCCUGGCAGCACCUGGCAGUGGCAAAGGCCACCUCCCCCCCUCCCCCCAGACCCACAGAGUGACCUCAGGAAGCUGUGGACCUCAGCUGGCUAUGACUGACCUGCUCAGAGCCGGUGAGCCCUAAGUCCAAGUCAUUUGCUUACAUUUGCCAAACAUUUUGCCAUUUUUUUCAAAAUACAGUGCAUAUGAAUUUCAAACUGUUGUAUGUAUAAUCCUCUAAUUCCUAUUUUUAACUACUACUAAAAUCUGUGUUAACCCUUCAGUCACUAACACAGUUCUACAGACCAGAUUUAUUAUGCUGGUUGCUUUUACUUUUCUCCUUUUUUAAUGCACCAAAAAUAUAAUGUGAUCCAAGGGAUGCAAUUAAUCUAUUGUAAUUUUUAUCAUUUAUCCUCAUUUGGAUAUUCUGCAAUAACAAUAUACAAUGUGUUAAAAGAAAAAAAUGCUUCACGAAGAGAGUGUAUAUGCAGCCUGCCUUUAAAAGAAUCACAUUUGAAACAACAGGGGAUAAUGUGAUGAAUUGCAAAUUUGCCUUCUGGCUUUAUUCCCCAUGAUUCAGUGAUCACUGUCAUGGGAAGCCCUUUUAUAUUCCCGUUCCACAUUCCAGAAGGCGUUCUUUUCUGCCUGUGGAGGAGAUUGCUUAGAUGUGGGUUUGUGUGCAUGGGUGCAAUGCUUCUGGGGACCAGAAAGAGAGAAAGCGCAGUUCCCCAGCACAAGCUUUGAGCAGGCUGUGUUAAUGAAUAGACUCACAAGCUCCAAGGAGCAAUCACAUUCCAGUGCUUGAAAAUGUCAAUAAUGGUUCCAGGGUCAACCUUGAACGAAGAGGGCUUUGUGUGUGUUUUGAAAGUGGCUGAACCUCAGAAUAAUCCUGUAAUUAUUUGAGACAAAAAUCCUGUCUGAAACCAGCACACUAAACCUCUCUGGCCAUUUCCUUAAGGGGACAGAGAAUAAGUCAGUACACAAACACAGGCACAUGUGCAAAGGGCGCCGUUGAGUUGUACUUUGUCCUCUCCUGUUGACUCCACGAGCCGCCUGCUUGUGGGAAUGACCACAAAGCUUGGCUGGUUUGCUUUUCACUGCAGUUUAUUCCGAGGGUCACGUAAGAAUCAAGGAAGAACACAGAGGAAACAGUGGUGGUGUGCCAAAUUGCUAACAAACACUGUGAAUGGGAAGGUCUGAGGGACAGCAUGUAACUAUAGGAGACACCACGCAAGGAUGGCUGGGGGCGAGGAGCAGGGCAGGGCCACUGUGGGCAGGGAGGACACUGCUCCACAGACCUGUCAUCCACCAGUGCAAGUUGCCCUGUUUGUGACCAUGGCACACUCAUUAGUACCUUAACUAGUAAAAGGGGGUGGGGGGCGGAAUUCUCCAAUGUGUUCAUAAAAUAUGGAUACCUUGUCACUCCAAAGACUUUGAUCAUAUUCUACACAGAUUUUGCUUUGGUUUUAUUUCGAAAAUGCACUGCCAGUACAUUACUACCCUCUCCUGUACCACUGUGUACACCUCCAAACUCGGUACACAGAUGCAGAGGCCCUAGGACUAGUGUUUGUUUUGUGACACUAUUUGCUUUUAUUAAAGAAAAAAAGAUUUUUUAUCA